AGUUGAGAUAUUGAUAGAAAACUAAAGUAUAGUGAUUAUUAUGUUACUUCCUCCAGAUGGGCCCACAAUCAUGAUGAUGUUUAAUUAUUAUAAUCAUUAUUAUUCAUUUAGUUUAAUCUCAAUGCAAUUCUGAACUUCAUUAUAAACACAGUUCGAAUGCAGUUGCACAAACUCCCUCUACGAUCAGUCAUCGAUAACUCUGUAGGUAUAGAAAUGGUAUCGAAUCGUUUACGUCAUUCGCUUCCAGGCUAAACGAUCUUUAGAUCGCGUGUGAUCUUAAUACACUUCAAUAUCUACAAUAUUUGCUAUAAUAGCUUAUCAUAUAUUAAUUAUUCCCUUCGUGGCCGAAUCGAGAGACGCACAAGAUUCAAGGGUGAAGUGGCUAUGUUGGACUUCUUGAAAUGGUUUUUACGGUCACCCACUAUCGUGUGAUCUUGAUAAUAUCAUAAUGUAGUUCAGAAUUAUCUGGUCUUGUAUUUAAUUAUCCACAGAUUUGUGGAUCAAUGUACAAUUUAAACCCUAGAUGAGCAGUACCUAGAUAUGGGAAAUAACUUCAUCCAGCUAUUUUGAGACCAACUUCAAACCGCUAGUCUGGGAAAGUUUUCCAUCACAAAUCAAGAAAGGUCGCAUACCAAGGACGAGGACAGCAACCAUGGUCGAUACGAAGUUGUUUGUGGUGGCGCUUUGUUGCUGUGCUGCAGCCACAGUGGUGGCAACACCGCUGGACGACUAUGUCAACAUGGCGGACCCUCAUUACAAGUAUGAAGUCCUGAGCGAGCAUAAGGUGCAUGGGGAGUACAUCGCUUAUGUUCUCAACAUGACGUCACAGAAAUGGCUCACAUAUAAUGAUUCUGACUCAGCUAUAUGGUGGCAUUACUUGACAAUCACGAUACCAGACAACCUAACCCAUCCUGAAUAUGCUGCUAUCUAUGUGACCGGAGGAUCUAACCAUGGCGGUCCCCCAGAUCCACUCAAGGAUGCAGAGACUUUAUUUACCUCUCUGAUGGCGGUUGGUUCAGGAUGUGUGAGUGCUAUUCUUCGGCAGAUUCCAAAUCAACCCAUUGUCUUUAAGACAGACCCACUGCAGAAAAAACGAUCUGAAGACGCCAUCAUUGCCUUUACGUGGCGCCAUUUUAUAGAGAAUGGGACAGACGAGCCUUAUUGGCUACUGAGAAUGCCAAUGACAAAGGCAGUUGUUCGUGCAAUGGAUACUCUUACCGAUCAUGUACUAAAGGUACGCGGGGAAAAGGUGUCCAAGUUCGUCAUCGCAGGAGCAUCUAAGAGAGGCUGGACCACGUGGACUACUGGUGCAGUUGAUAAACGUGUUGUGGGAAUAGCACCAAUGGUCCUGGACCUUCUCAACAUGGUGAAGAAUCUACAUCAUAUGUAUCGAUCUUUAGGAGGUUGGACCUUUGCCUUUGAGGAUUACUACACUGAGAAUGUCACCCUUUAUCUUGAUGAACCCAAUACACAAAAGUUGGCUGAUAUCGUUGAUCCACUUGCCUAUAAAGAUCGAUUAACAAUGCCGAAGCUUAUCAUUACUGCUGGGUCAGACGAGUUCUUUCUACCAGAUGAUUCUUACUACUAUUUCGACCUGAUUCCAGAACCAAAGUUUCUCAGAAUAACCCCUAAUGGUGAGCACUCUCUAACUCUUCAUCAUGUUGAACUGGUGACUGUAAUGACAGCAUUCAUGAGAACAAUCACUGAGCCCACUGACUGGACUCAACCUAAAAUGACUUGGAAAAGAUAUGAGAACAGCACACAUGGCAUCAUUGAACUGAUCUCUGACCCCCCACCAUUCAGGAUUGAAGUCUGGCGUACUCUGACCAACAGAGGGAAAAGACGAGAUUUCCGUCUGGCGGUUGCUAAAACCGAGGGAUCAUCCGAAAUCUAUCCUCAUCUUAUCAUCUACAAGAACUUUCCUGCAAGAAACCCGUCUCGAGGGAAAUACAUCGCCGAGUUCCUAACUCCUGAAACUGGAUGGCAGUGUUUCUUCAUUAAGGCCUUCUACUACGCACCAGGAGGAGCCAUCAUAAGUUUCACCACGGAAGCCAACAUCACUCCAUCACAGAAGUUCGCCGUACCUGAUUGUCAUGGUACUGAGUGUAGAGGGACUCUCGUCUGAUCGUUGUUCCUAAACCCUCUCCCUUCUUUUCUUUCUUUUAUCAUGUUUAUGCAUACUUCCGAUAUCUUUAGUUUUCCCCUCCAAUUUCUUCACUUCUGAUUUGCCUUUAUAUGAUAGUAUCACAAAAGGUAAUAAAACUGAAAUAUUAUAUUGAAGUGCAACACCUCUUACUCUCCUUUUAACUCCCCCCUCCCCUGCCUUUUCUCUCUCUAUCGCCCACGCUCGUAUACCCCUCUCCCCUCCCCCCCUCUUCCCCUCUCUCCCCUCUCUCUUUCUUUCUCUUUCUCUCUCUCUCAUUCUCUUUCUCUCUCUCUCCAUCUCUUUCUUCCUUUCUUUCUCCUUUAUUUUUUAAUUCUCGUUUCUUUUAUGUAUCUUGUCAUUUUUAUUCUUAAGUUCCCCCUUCAAAAAAAAACUUAUUUUUGCAAAUGACACUAUAAUUAUGUUAGUCGCCGAUAUUUGUAAUUAAUAACAGGGAUUCGACACGCCAUGACCUUGUUAGAAAAGAGUUGAUGAACAUUUUAGAAACACCACAUGCAGUAUUAUAGAUAUCAGUUUACCUAUUUGAUAAAUUAUUUUCAGGGAAAUAUAGUCAAACGAGAUGAUAGAACGUGUUGAUGAAAUUUUAUUUCUUGUAUAGAGAAUUAUACUAUUUUUCCUUAUUGUUUUUUAUAUCACUGUUGCUUUGAAAUUAAAUAAUCUUGAAAUUUGAAAAAAAAAUAUACAUUGUGCCAUUAAAGCCAUUAGCACAUAAGUAGCUGUAAUAUCCAAUAUGAUAGGAUAUAAUAUACCAUAACAUAUUGGAUAUUAUGUCAUUUAUCAGUAUUGUCUUGUGAUUUACUGUGAAGGUAGUAAUGUUUGAAGAAAAAAAUCAAGAUGUUGCAAUAAAAAUAACGAUAUCUUAUAUAACGACUG